UGGGUUGAUAUGAAAUUUGGUGGCAAUUUUUUUGUGAUUUAUUUUUUCUGCGUUAGAUGCCCUAGAAUACUUGGAAGCCGCCGUCCUAGCUAGCUACGCUCCAGCCCGCUCCUCUGCGAUUGCUCUUCCUUCGACAGUAAUUUCUUCUCCGGACCUUCCACAAGAGUUCCACAAUGGCCACUAACAAUGUCGCAAAUAAUAUUGGGAAGGAGCAGAUACUUGAAAUAGCAAAGAGUGAAAUGGAGUACAGGGUGGAACUUUUUAACAGGCUCACAAAGAUAUGUUUUGACAAGUGUAUCGAGAAAAGGUAUAAGGAAUCUGAGCUAAACAUGGGUGAAAACAGUUGCAUCGACCGCUGUGUUUCGAAAUAUUGGCAGGCAACAAAUUUAGUUGGGCAAUUACUAGGUUCGAGCCGGCCUCCAAUGUGAAGCAUCUGAUGCGAUUGAGACCAAAAUGCUAUCUCACCCAUUGGAAAUAUACUCAAAUUUUUGUGUUGAAACAUGAUUAUUUUGUGAGAUUUUGCUUAACCUUUGGAGGCAAUUCAAACAUAAUUAUUCCCUCUUUCUUAUCACUUAACAUUAUUCACAAAUAUGGCAUCAAAUAAAGUUUCAAUGCCAUUUGAGAGGCCAA